UUUGGGUGUCGUCUGACCAUUGGCGGUGAAUUGAAAGUGAUCACGUUGGAUGUCAAGCAAAAUACGCCAUAGAGCGAACAGUGGGAAGCGGCAUCCAGAGACGGCUUCAAAUUUUGUUCAAAACCUCCCCCCUUUCUGCCCUCAAAGGUUCCCCCACAUCCAGCACAUCCGCCCCCACAUCCUAUCAUCAGCCAUGACACUCCUCGCUGACAGACAGAACUCACAGUCUCCCUCUCGUCGUCUUUCCCUCUCUGAUAAAAUUUCUGCCUUGGGCGCAAAAAUCAGCCGGUCGCUGUCCACAAUAGACCCAUCUUUGCAGGACGAAGAUCGGGAUUCUGUUGUCAGCGACCUCCCAAUGAUAAAUGGACAACGUCAGUGA